AGUCCGUUUCCUCUCGUGGUGGGGUGGGUAGCCCCGUCAGGCGGCGCCGACGCUAUUUCCUCGGCCGCGCCUUGUUGGCUUCGCCUCGAAUUCGAAUUAGAGAUAGAAGCGCGGGAUCCCCUCCCCGCGCGCCCUAUUCUGUGUGGACAGAUCCAUUGGCAUAUACGGAGUAGAAGAGGAACAGAGGUUGAGCCCUUUUUGGCGCGCUCGAUUUCUCGCUUUCGUAUCAUGGGGUUGCUAGCUCUGAAGCUGCUCAUGUCCAGGCAGCGGGGCAGCAAGCAUCUCGGCGGCCAGAUUCAAGCCCGCAAUAGAUCGGUAGCUUCAGCAGCUAAAAGAAAGAUCUCUUCAUGCCAACACAGUAACCUUCAAGGUUGCAAGAGAAUGGCAUUUUCAGGGCCAGACCUUCCAGAGGACAUCUGGCGCCAUAUACAUUCCCUGCUGCCGCUGCGAGAUGCUGCCCGUGUUGCCAGCGUAUCUCAUGCAUUUUUACGUUCUUGGAAGUGCCAUCCUAACCUCACCUUCAGUAGGAAAGCACUGGGCCUGAAUGGAAUUCCAUGUCAAAACGAUGUAAUUGCAAGGGAUCUCACGAUGAAAGUUGAUCACAUUCUGAAAAAACACUCAGGCAAAGGAGUUAAGAAAUUCAGGAUCGAAUUAUACAUUAUAGUUGAUCCCUGUUAUCUUAAUAGCUGGCUCCAGAUUGCCACUAAACUACGGAUUGGGGAACUCGCCGUUGUUCUACCUUCAACCUACAAUGCAAACUGCUAUGAUUUCCCGUGUGCACUUUUUGUUGAUGAUGGGUGUAGAAACACGAUAGAGCAUCUCUGCCUUGGUGGUUGUGCCUUCCAUCCGACGGCUGGAUUUGGUAACUUGAGAAGGCUCCAGCUAUUUUGGGUUCGUAUUACGGUGGAUGAAUUAGGAUGCCUAAUUUUCAAUUCUUCUGCUUUGGAGCACUUGACACUAAAGUAUUGCAAUACGAUCACUUACCUGAAGAUACCUAGCCUGCUACAGCAUCUCAGCUACCUGAUGGUGUCUGAAUGCACUAAACUGCAGUUGAUAGAGUGCAAAGCUCCAAAUCUCUCCACCUUUUAUUUCAAUGGUGGACAAGUUAAACUUCUGUUUGGAGAUUCAGUUCAAGUGAAGACCAUGGGAAUGUGUUGUUUUGCUCCGUGUAACACCAUCUACAAUGCUCGUGCCAACCUGCCAUCCAUUGUGCCCAAUAUUGAAACUCUUAGCAUAUCUUCUGUUAGUGAGGUCAUUAAUACACCAAUUGUGCCUGUCAAAUUCCUCCACCUCAAGUAUUUGUCUAUUUCUCUUGAAGCCGAACAUGGGGCUUUCCCCCCCCAGUCUACGAUUACUUCUCUCUGGUUUCUUUUCUGGAUGCUUGUCCUGUCUUGGAAACUUUCCACUUGGCUGUGUCGCAGACUCGCAUGAAGCAUGAUUCGGUUUUCGGAGACCCGUCACAUCUUAGGCAGAGGCGAGAAUACCGCCAUGAGAACAUCAAGACUGUCAAGAUCUCUGGGUUUUGCUCUGCAAAGAGCAUGGUUGAGCUGACAUGUCAUAUUCUUGAGAAUGCAACAUCACUAGAGUGUCUUAUGUUGGACACGAUAGAUGAUGUUGACGAUAUUGGUAGGCACGUUCAUGAAACCGGUGAGUGUAACCCCAUUGGUAGGCAUAUGAUCAAAGAAGCCCGUGAGGCUCUCUUGGCAAUUGAAAGGUAUAUUAUGAAAAAAGUUCCCUCCACAGUAAAGUUAAAUGUUCUAGAGCCUUGCAGGCGAUGCCAUGCUUUUGCUGCUUAGAUGUGGCAAUAUCAUAAUUUAGUAGAUUAUACAUUGUGGACCAAAUAUUGUUGCAUGAUGCAAUAUUUCACUGUGACAAUG